AUGCAGCUUGGAUUCAAUGUCAUUCAGAAGGGAGAGUUCUUAGAGGCUUAUCCUGCCGCGUAUGUAGAAGCCUUCAAGGCUUCGAUAUUCAAAAAGCAGAUGAACAAGGUCAAAAAUCAAAUGGGGCAAGGCACUGAGAACCCCCCCUCCCCUCUCCCCGGGCGUGACUGGUGGAAGGCCUUGAUCAAAUGUGAAUUCGGGAUGGUCAACACCAUGGUUAUGGAGAAGAAGUAUGAGGAUAUAUUCACUGCAAACGAGAGAGAAAAGCAAAAAUGCAAGAGGUCUACCCAUAGGAUCUAA